UGGAGUUGUUUGGUCCAUCAGAAGUUGAAUUUGGAUUUGAAGAGCUUGAUGAUGAAGUUACAAAUGGUGGUGAUGAUGAAGAUGAAGAUGAUGACAGCGAGGAUGAUGAUGAUGAUGCAGAUGAUGAAUAUGAUAGGGACUGGGUUUCUGUCAUAGAUGAUGAAGAUGAUCAAAAUUACUCUGAUGAGACCCUAGGAGACUGGGCAAAACUGGAGACAAUGCGUUCUUCACAUCCAAUGCAUUUUGCUAACAAGCUUUCAGAGUCUGCAUCGGAUGAUCCUAUCGAUUGUAUGGAAGAGCCCCCAGCAACUUUACUGAUCCAAGGUUUCCUAAGACCUGCAUUCAGUGAAGAGCAUACUGUUAUUCAGAGACAUCUAUCCAGCCGUCAUUCAAGUAAUGGUGAUAUACACGAGGCUCAGAAACUUGAAGAUAAUCUUGAGAAUCGUGGUAGGAUCAAUCAUCAGGGUCAUGAAUCAAGCUCAUCUAAAGAUGGUUUAAACAUGGUAGAUGGAUUGGCUGAAAAUAUUCCAGUGAACGAUGCUUCAUUUUACCGGUUGGAGAUGAUAAAGGUUCAGCUAUGUACAGGACAUGCACAUCCAUUGCUGCUGACAAAAUUCUUUGAUCUUCCCAGAGCAACGUUGAAAUAGAGGAUCUCAUGAAAGCUCAACCUGAUGCAAUCGGGCACUCGGCCGAAAAAAUUAUUUCUCGUUUGAGAGCAGGUGGAGAAAAGACCACACAAGCGCUCAAGUCUCUGUGUUGGAGAUGCAAGGGCAUUCAGGUUGAG